CUAUACGUUGUGACUGAUAACACAUGACUGGAUUAGUGAAGGGUAUAAGGACCCUCGCUUUCAUCUGUCCAAAUUAGUGAUUAAUUCAAGGAGAAGGUAGAGGUGUAUUUUUAAAAACUCUGACCAAGCCACUUUAACCCAUGCCCAACCUAACACCUGGCGCCACAUGGUAAUGAAAAAACAUCACAUAUAAUACAGAAUGGCGGUUGAAAUACAUUAUAUAGGCUAGAUAUUUUAUACAAGGUGCUUCAUUAUAUUGCUAUUUCCAGCACCAUUUCCAGUUUUACAGUAGAAAGAAUAGAGGUCUGUGACGUUCCUAAACGCGUUGCCGUUUAAUCACCAGCAGGUGUCGCUCCAGACAGUACUUUGCACUUGUCAACUUCCGUUUAGAGACGUAUCAUCACAGACAUGGCGGCUAGCUCACGGCGGAAUCCCCCUCCUCUCCCUGGAGCAGAGAACCAAGACCCACUUUCCGAAAUGGCAGAUGAAGACAGUGACGAAGGGGAGGAUAUAUUCGUUGGCAAUAGCAACCCUGUUGCAGAGGCCUUUCAGCCUGACACAGCCAAUGGUGAAGAACCAGCUGACCUCUUCAGUGAAGCAGAAACUAGCACCGCUGCCAACAGUUACAUCACAAACUCUAAGUCCAACGGUGUCCAUUCAGACAAUGAGAAUGAUCUAUUUGCAGAGGUCUCGGUGGAGCUGUCCAUGGAGAACCCCAGCACCACAGCCAAGUCCUCUGGAGCUGAAUUCACCCCAUCACUUACACUAUCAGCAACACAACCUGAGUCUAUGGAGCAGUUGGAAGAGGAAAAGGAUGAGGACAGCUUUGACAUGGAGGUUGCUGUCACCAAUCCAGAGAAAAUUGGAGAUGGCAUGAACGCUUACAUGGCCUACAAGGUGUCCACUCGGACUACAUUACCCAUGUUCAGGAACAGGACAUUCUCGGUGUGGAGGAGGUUCAGUGAUUUCCUUGGUCUGUAUGAGAAGCUGUCAGUGAAGCACUCUCUGAACGGCUGUAUCAUCCCUCCACCACCAGAGAAGAGCGUUGUGGGGAUGACCAAAGUGAAGGUGGGAAAGGAUGACUCUUCCUCGGCUGACUUUGUGGAGAGGAGGAGAGCGGCUCUGGAGAGGUACCUGCAGAGAGUAGUGUGUCACCCAUCCCUGUUACAAGACCCUGAUGUCAGAGAGUUCCUGGAAAGAGACGAGCUGCCUAGGGCGGUGGGUACACACACACUGAGUGGAGCUGGUUUCCUGAAGAUGAUCAACAGAGCAUCAGAUGCUGUCAGUAAGAUGACCAUCAAGAUCAGCGACUCGGAUGCUUGGUUUGACAACAAACUGCAGGAGGUGGAGAGCGAGGAGCUGCAGCUGAGGAAACUCCAUGCGGUGGUGGACUCCCUGGUCAACCACAGAAAGGAGCUCUGCGGGAACACAGCAGUGUUCGCCAAGAGCAUGGCCAUGCUGGGCAACUCGGAGGACAACACAGCUCUGUCCCGGGCCCUCUCCCAACUGGCUGAGGUGGAGGACAAGAUGGAGACGCUACACCAGGAGCAGGCGGCCAGUGACUUCUUCAUCUUGGCCGAGCUGCUGGCCGACUACAUCCGCCUACUAGGGGCCGUCAGGGGCUGUUUUGAGCAGCGCAUGAAAACGUGGCAGCGCUGGCAGGAGGCUCAGAGCACCCUGCAGAAGAAGAGGGAGGUUGAGGCAAAGCUUCUGUGGGCCAACAAGCCUGACAAACUACAACAGGCCAAAGAGGAGAUCACUGAGUGGGAGGGUAAAGUCACUCAGUACGAGAGGGAUUUUGACAGGAUCUCUGUAACCGUCCGCAAGGAAUUCCUCAGGUUUGAGAAAGAGAAGUCCAAUGACUUCAAAAGCCAGAUAGUGAAAUAUCUGGAGUCUCUUCUACAGUCUCAACAGCGGCACGUAAAGUUCUGGGAAGCAUUCCUGCCUGAAGCAAAAGCGAUAGCAUGAUGAGGCUUGAGGACGUUAGGAAGAGAACGACUGCCUUUUUGAACACUUUACCUCCUGACUCUGUACCCAGAAGACAAUGCAACAGAGGGGACAACUACUCUACAUCUCAUCCAUAUUAUUUUAGCAUUAGUGAUUUAUUUUCCAGCUUUUCAGUAUGCUCUACAUCGGCACAAUGUAUCGAUUCAACAGAGAUGAAUUUGACAGUCUAGCUUUUCUAAGUAAACAUGUCAGUGGUGUAAGUGGGAUAUGUUUACUCCGUGUUCUUGGGCCACCCUUACUCCGAUAGGAAGAGUUUGACUUAACAAUCCUAAAGUGUUCACGUUUUGAGGUACUUCCCUAGAGUAGUAGUGUUUGUUUACAGUGGAGGGCAGUUCAUAACUGUUUACAAAAGCUCAUGAAAUAACUUUUGGAUCCACAAAAGCAUAGAGGGGAAUGUAGUAAAUUGUGUGUGUCGUGUGAAAUACCACUUUGACUAGAGAGCUCAUUCAAACUGAUAGACGGACUAAUACCAACUGUCCUCAAUUUGUGCAUUUGCAGACCUACAGUGAAGGGACAAAAUAAUGGAAGCAUGGAGUGUAUGUUUAUGGUGACCCAUCAGAUGAGUGUGCCUGCCUGUGUCUGUGCGUGUUCACCAUUGUUUGAUCAUCAGUUGAUAUACAUCUGUAACCUCAAAUAAUUAUGAUCAACAACAGUCUUUCUGAACUGACCAUCAGUAUAUUUUUUACAUCUGUGUUCAAACAUGUAGCCUCAUUGAAUUCAAUGUGAUUGUGAAAUAUGUCAUGUUCAGUGUUGGGAAAAGUACUCAAUCGUCCUACUUGAGUAAAAGUACAAAGUAAAGGUCAAUGCUAUACAUAAAAUUCCUUAUAUUAAGCAAACCAGAUGGCAUGAUUUUCUUUUUUUAAAUGUAUUUACAGACAGACUGUGGCACAUAAUUCUAUUCUGCCUCAGCAUUCAAAAUGUAAUAAGUUAUUUUGGGUGUUGGGGUAAAUGUAUGGGAGUAGUACAUAUCUUUAGGAAUGUGGUGGAGUAAAAGUAGUCAAAUAUAAAUAGUAAUGUAAUGUACACAUACCCAAGUAUUUUUUUCUUCAGUACUUUAAACCAAUGGUCAAGUUUCCUCGCAAUUUUGAUAAACUAGCAACAGUGCUUGACUUGGACUGAAAUAGGUGUCAGUACUCAUUUUGUGUGCUGGUACUGUUAAGGUGCAGGAAGUCCAUAAUACUUUUGAACUAAAUAUUCUAUAUAAGGUGCAGGAACUCGAGCAGUAGAAAAUUAGGUGCCGCUAUUCAGUUCCGGUUGGGGUUAUACCCAAAUCCAGCACUGACUAGCAGUGUGUAAUGAUGAUGAAAGCAAAGUGAUAACAAGUGUUGACUCCUUUAGUUUUCUUACCCAACAUUUAUAUGAGUGUCUGUUCUUUUUCCUCGAGAUGUGCUUUAUUUUUGUAACCACUCGCAUUUAGAUAAGAUAUUCCUGAAAAUUAUAUAGAAGUGAGUAAUAAAGAUGAUUGACUGAACUUUG